UUGCGCAUUAGAGUCUGCGACUUAUUUAAUUUGGACAACCGUCUUGCAUUCUCGUUUUCAGUGGAUGCAAACAUGCGAGUCGAAUAAAGAUUUGUGCGAAUUCUUAUACUGUGCAGACAAGUGUUUUGGGCGUGAUCGCUUGAGAAAUUUAGCAACGACUUGAGAAAAUGUGAAGCGGUAUUAAAAUAACUUAUUAAAGCAGAAGAGAGCGAAGAAGAGGGACUUGGGCGGGGAAAAAAGGGACAGCUGCUGUGCCGAUCAUUUUGAUGCAAAGAAAAGACGAAAGAGAAAUUGAGAAGUGCCGUGAUUUCAUAGUCUUGUCGACGAAAAGGUGAAAGGCAAAAUGAUGAACUGAAAAGGAAACUAAAGCGAAUGUGAUCAUGUCCUGAUAGGAUAGAAUUAGAGCAACAUAUUUCAAGGGGAUGAGAAGUCACUUUAUAUCUCUCUACGAUAGUGUAGAAUGGAUACACAAGUGGAAAUGUCUCGUAACACUGGACCUGGUCUUUAUGAGUUUCUUAUGGAAGCCGAGUUACAGCAAUAUUAUUCCGGCAUUCGAGGAGACUUGAAGGUGCAAACAACAGCACAAUUGAAGUAUGUAACGGAAAACGAUCUGGGCGCGAUAGGGAUGAGCAAACCGGAAAUGCGUCGUCUAAAAAAAUACUUCCAAAAGCGUUUUCCACAGAAUUAUCUUUCCAAAUUUAAAAGAAUGCUUUUAUCGAAGCGCGAGGACCAAAUUUCCGGUGCACUAAGCAUGUUGCCGGAGGAGAGACAGGACAGACCAUCGAUACGUGUGCCCAAUAAACACAUGAUUCCAGCCGAUGCAAUUAUUGUGAACAAAGAAUUGGGAACGGGAGAAUUCGGGGUCGUGCAACAAGGCGUAUGGACAAAUGAUGGAGAAAGGAUACAGGUGGCAAUCAAAUGUUUAUCCCGUGAAAGAAUGCAGAAUAAUCCUAUAGAAUUUCUAAAGGAGGCCGCCAUAAUGCAUGCGAUCGAUCACGAGCACAUUGUGCGGCUAUAUGGCGUCGUUCUUGACACAAAUUCGUUAAUGCUUGUAACAGAAUUGGCUCCAUUACGCUCAUUGUUGGAAUGUCUCAAGGAACCCAGUUUGCGUGCGAGUUUCCCGGUUUUAUCAUUGUGUGAUUUCGCCGUACAAAUUGCUGAUGGAAUGCAAUAUUUGGAAGCGAAAAGACUGAUACAUCGUGAUCUAGCUGCUAGAAACAUCCUUGUGUUUUCUAAGAAUAAAGUUAAAAUAUCGGAUUUCGGGUUAUCACGCGCAUUAGGAGUUGGCAAGGAUUAUUAUCAGACGAACUUUAAUGUUAAUUUGAAACUGCCCAUUGCGUGGUGCGCACCUGAAUGCAUAACCUAUCUGAAAUUCACAUCAGCAAGUGAUGUUUGGGCAUACGGGGUGACUUUAUGGGAAAUUUUCAGUUAUGGAUUUCAACCCUGGGCAGCAUUGACCGGUCAUCAAAUUCUCGAAGCAAUAGAUGAGCCUAAUUUUCAGAGGCUUGAGCAACCUGAAUGCUGCCCAAAAGAUUAUUUCUCUCUCAUGCAGCAAUGUUGGCAACAUGAAUCUCUGAAAAGACCCAAGUUUUCCGAAUUGAUCAAUUUGUUGCCUGAUCUAAAACCAGAACAAGUUCAAGCAGUUCAGGAUAAUACUGAACCAAACCAACUUGCUUAUAGACAAAGCGACAUAAUUACGGUCUUAGAUAAAGGCAGCGGGAAUAGCUUAUGGAAAGGUGUUUUAAAUAAUGGCAAAACAGGAUUCUUUAAUCCGGCUCAUACGAUCGCGUACCUAGGUUCUAAUUUGCCUAGCAAUAAGCCCGGCGAGUUUACGCGGGGAGAUGGCAAAAAUGCUUUUUCCUCACAGCGUAGAAAAAUUCGUACGGACAUGAUAUCUUCACCGCAAGGCGAUCUCAAGCAUACUGGUCAUGUGGGUUUAGAUGGAGCGUAUUUCGGUGACAUUAGCUUUCUCGGUGGAAAAUAUCCGCAUCUGCCUCGUCAAGUUGUGACACCAUACAAACCACAGGAGGAUGCAACUGAUAAUUCUCAAAAUUUAAAUCAGGAUAUGAGAAGUAUUGAUAUGAAUAGAGAAUCAACAAGAGAUAGUAGAAGUAUACAACAAGAAACUCAAAGCAAACAUGAGAACUUAUGGUCUGAUAUGAAUUCGGAAAUAUGUCAAGUGAGUACAGAAAGUAAUACAAAGAAACAAUCUAUAACAUCUAAUAUAAGCAGUAACACUGAUGUUCUCGAAGCUGACCAUGAAUAUCAUGAAAUUAGUGAUGAAGAAAAUCAAGAAAGUCCAUUAAGAUUUGAUAAAACAUUAAAUUUUGACUUUGGUCCCAGUCUUUUGGCAGAAAUGGAUCAAAUGUUCAGAUCAUUAGGUUCUUCUCCUCCUCCUCCACCACCUGGUCUUCCUUUACCCACUGAACACGAAUCAAGUAACGUGAGAAACGAAUUAAGGGAAAUUCAAGCAAAACAAUGUAGCAAGAAGAAACAAGCCACCGUGAGUCCAAUAAAUGUGAAACCUAUCUCUGCUGCCGAUCAGAAAACUCUCUACUCUGCCAUUGCUAUGGCACAGGAAUUGACAGCACGUUCCAUGACAGAUCUUGAACAUCCACCGGAGUCUCCCCGUACACCUGCCAGUCCUUCAAGACGCAGAAAAUUCUCUUUUAAGUUGCCACAUCAAUACAGUCCCAAACCAGAUAGACGACAUUUUUCCGAAGAAGCUGCCAGUAUACCUGACAUACAGUGGUUAUGCUCGAGCCUGCAAUCGCUUUCAUCUACGGUAUCUAGCAUAGAAUCCUUUGGUGCACCAUCGACCUUGAAACUUCCUUUGUGGGAUAAAGCAUCGGCAGAAUUCUGUUUUGCGAAAUCGAGAGAACUUUUAACAAAACCGAGUGCCUGGGCUUCAUACAUGGACAUUGACUUGGAUGCACAUAUAUUAGAUAAUCAGAUUUCGAAACAAAAUCUAGUCAAAUCUACGGAGUUCUUGAAAAAAGAAAAUAAAAAAAAUCACUUGAAUUGUGAGAGUAUGGCUGAUCUUGAAACUAAAUCGAAUAUUCGACAUCAGAAUGGUAAGAUCUUCAAUAUGGAAAACUCAACCUACGAUUUACCAUGCGAAAUAAAAAGAGUAUCUACCAGCUAUGUUGAACGUUAUUUCGAACAACCUAAGUAUUGCGAUGAUGAAACUGUUCUAGAAUGCGCCAACGAAAAAAUGCAUUUUGGAGAAGAGAAAUUGGAUAAAUAUGAUAAGCUUAAUAAUCUGGAACAGUCUAAUAGGUCGAUGUAUUAUUCGAAUGCUUUGGAACAGAACUCGCCGAUCGGAGGUAGAUUGAAUCAAGCGUUACAAAGUAAACUAAAUAAUUGCGAGCUACAACUAAAGAAUAAUAUCACGCAUCACGAAACAUGGUCCGAUGAAAAUUUUGAUAUUUUAAAGGAAAAAAUGGCGAACUUGGAGUCUCCUCGUAAUAAACCGAAAAAAUUUGAUGUAAUAAAAGAUAAGACGAAGAACUUUGAUCUCGGCACGCGACCGAAGAUACCGAUUGCUUUUACCGAGUCCACGAAGAUGAACAUCACGGAAUUCAAAAAGAUUGAUUUUCCUAAGUCUAGAAAUGCGAAAAUAUCUUUUAUGUCUAGAAAUACUAAUCAAGAUGCAGCGAGUACGAUAUAUGGUUCGUCAGACAAUAUUAAGACAAACGCAAAAACGGAUGGUUCAGAUAGUCCAAGAGGCAAUAUAGAAGCAGUAAAAAUUAACAUACAAAGUUUCCGCAAGCUUGAACAGAAUCAAAAUGGUCACGAAAGCUUUCCGUUUGUGAUAUCUAAUAAUCCUCUAUUUAUCGCUGAAUCAGAGAAAAAGGAAUCUCCCAUAUACAGCAGUUCCGAGAGUUUGCGAGUGAAUUUCCAGCGUCUGAGGCGGAAAUCCGAUGCUGAAGCUAGUCAAGUAGAGCUAAAUAGUAAGCUUUUAGCAGAAAAGUAUCAACGUGAAGUUUCUGGUUUAGAGAGUGUCAAAAAUUAUUUAGAUUCCAAGAAAGUUCAGGGCUUAAACUUAGGCUUGGGCAAGCUAACGCAGAAUAUGAUUCAGUUAGGUAAGAAUAUUGCGCAAAAUUCGAGGAACUUGGAAACAACCUCGUCGAGGUCAUUGACUUCUAACAUGAGAAAUCUGGAUUUGUCCACGUCAUCCCAUUCACCAUUACGAAGUUUAAAUAUACCGAUUCAAAAGCCCAAACAUUUAGAUCUAAACAUACCAUUACAAAGUCAACCAUCGAUUAAUGCAAAGCUAAGUUUAAUGCAAAAAACGAAUCUGCCGAAAAGUCCCACUAUGCACCAACAUAUUUUAGAGCCGCCGAAAUUAUAUCAAAACGAUCCCGUCAGAAAGGAACUACCGAAACAAGAUAUGCUCCCAGAUAUGCUUCCCAGCGCUGUUAAUGUCUACCGACAUAGGACAUCAUCUUUAUCAGAAAAUAGAAAACCAGUAAAAAAUAUACGCAGAUCCUUUCAUCCCAGAAACGAUUCCAGCGAGGACUCGGAUUCUGUUUCGCACUCAGAAAUGGACAUUAGAAGUCGUCUGCGUUGCAAACGUAGACACAAGAGAGUUCCGCAUAAUUUGCGCUUAAAUUUUAAAUGUAAGACCCCAUUUCUUCAUCCGGAUUCCGCUAAGGGAUUCUCUACGGUUGAGCUUUGCGGGAAAUCACCGCCGCCAUCGACGAGCUUCUUAAACUCGCUGUCACCACCGUUCUCUUCCAAGAACAAUCUGCUUUCUUGGCCGGAAAGUGCGCCGAGCUCGAGCUUGACAUUUACUAGCAAUUCUGAUUUUGACUCAGAUACCAGUUCCGAAUACCCAGAGUUUACGAAUGACGUUUUGACAUUUCCUCCCUCUCCAGCUCCUUAAAAUUUGAAGAGUACAUUUACAGUUUCAGCCUUGAUCAAUCUCGAUAUAAUUUAUAGUCUAUGUACCGAGCCUUAAUAAUUUCUCAGAGUUGGUUGGAGAAAUCGUUAAGUAACGAAUGCAUGCUAGUUUAAUUUAUAAGCCAAAAAUCCGAUGGUUAAACUAGACUGAUUUUAUUUUAAAAAAUUACUAUAUAAUCUCUUUUUUUUGCGAUAAAAAUUAUUUUGUUUAAAAUACAUCCCUCCAACAUAUCGAUGCGAGUGUAAAGAUUUAUAAAAGUUUUAUAGCCGAUUUUUUUCUAUUUUAAAGUUAUCAGAGGACUGAAGAUAUAUUCUUCAUUCUAAAAUUUAGCUUUCAUUCUUGUUCUAAUGACACAUGUAUAAAAUGAAAAUAUUGCGCGCUCUGUUUUUCACACCUUUUCUUAUUCAUGUUAUUAGCAAAUGUGAGAAAUGGGAGAACAAUGAAAAAAAAUCUUAGUUUAAAGAAAAACAGCUAUCGUUAAGGAAAAACUUCAAAUAGACGAUCUCUUAGAAUACAGAUUUCCCGUAUUUUGAUAUGGUUUUUAUGGGAGUCUGACGGGGCUUUUUGUAGGUCUUUUCAAUUUUAAUUUCAGGAAUGGGAAAUGAUAGCAGGACGAUAAAUCGAGAAAAUACAAUAAGUGAAAAGGCAUUUGUUUUUUAUCUAAAAAUUGAAAAUGUCGUUAAAAGAAAAAUUUUCCAUAGAUAUUAGAGAGAAAGAAAGAAAGAGAAGGACCUACAAAAGACUCGCAUACGCAAUACGUCCGCACACGCACAUAUACGUACAUAUAUACACACGCACAUAUACAUACAUACACAAGCAUAUAAAUAAGUAUAUAUAUAUAUAUAUAUAUAUAUAUAUAUAUGUAUGUGUGUGUGUAUAUGUAUAGAUAUACAUACAUACAUAUAAAUUAAUACAUGUAAUAGUUAAUUGAAAAUAUGCGUGUGUGCGUGCGUAUAAAAUAACAUUUUACCAGGAUUGGCAAGCAAUGCGUUACUUGUAAAUUCUGUUAAUGUUACAAUUACUUUUUUCAAUAAUUGUAACAGUAAUGAUAACAGAAUUAUAAAUUUCAUCUAAUAGAAAAAGCAGUAAUAGAAGUUCUAAUAAUAGAAAAAGCAAGCUUUAUUAUAUAUGUUUCAGUAACAAGUAACAAAUUUCAAUAAUUACUUUUAUCGUUAUAUUUCAAGAUCUUAAGAAAAAAUAUUUUUUUCUAAUGUGCAAUAAGUUUUUUCUGAUAUAGAUAUUAAUAUUUAAAAUUAUUAUCAAAAUAUCAGUUAUAUCGGUAAUGAGUAACGGCAAUGUAUUACUUUUAUUAAAGUAAUACAUUUUAUAAAGUAACUUGCCCAAUCCUGCGUUUCACAUAUGCAUGAUUGCAUGUCAUACUAAUCACUGAAUUGGAUAAUAUUAACAUAUACUGGUAUACUUUGGAUGCCUUUACACGUUUCUAGCAAUUGUAUUUGAAGAAUUGAUACAAAGUUAUAGUAUAUAAAUCGAUUGACUGCCAUUAGUUUUUACACAAAUAAAAUUUGUACAUUUUAUACACACAUUUACAUUUACAUAUUUUUGAAUAAUUGCAGUUUGUUUGAACUAAAGAAAGCAGGAUUCUCAAACUAAGAUACAUACAUAUAUCACAUGAAUAAACUAUGUUUUAUUAAGCUUUAUUCAGAUUUAAAUAAAAAUAAAAUAAAACAAAAAAAGAUAAUAAAA